CCCUGCCCUCCCCACAAUUCUUCCCCUUUCUUUCUUUCUUUCUUCGUCUUCUUCUCCUCCUUCCGUUAUUCUUCUUCUUCUCCUUUCUCCUUCCUUUCUUCUUCUACGUUGCGCCGCCGCCUUUCUGCCGGAGGCGAAAUCCGCCUCCCGCUGCAACAUCCGCACCCCAUCCAAGUAAGAGAACCCACCCCUUGUUGUGACCUUGCCUUUCCGGGCUAAUUUUGUUCGCCAGAAGCACUGAAAUUUUGGGGAGGAAGGAUUUUGUUGAUUGAUGAUGAGAAAUUUGGGAAGAUUGAUCCGUCGGGCACUUCUCUUGCCCAAUGAGGGUGGAUUAAUGUCGAAAUCGCUCAUUUCACCACGUCCAGCUCGGAAUCUAUCCCCUUCUACCCGUCUCUCUUUCUCAUCUUCGACAUGUGGCGUCGACAAUUUUACCUUGCUGAAAUCGUCUUUCCGAAUUUCCCAGUUUAAUCAUAUGAAAGGGCAGAAGAGGAGCUUAUUCAUUCAAACCCAGGCAACUCCAAAUCCUGCUUCUCUCAUGUUCUAUCCAGGAAAGCCAGUCAUGGAGUCAGGAAGUUCUGACUUUCCUAACGCACGUUCUGCUAUGACCUCUCCACUUGCAAAGGCUCUGUUUGGAAUCGACGGGAUUACCAGGGUCUUCUUUGGAUCUGAUUUCAUAACAGUGACAAAAUCAGAGGACACCUCUUGGGAUUUGCUUAAACCUCAAAUAUUUGCUGCAAUCAUGGACUUUUAUUCCUCCGGGCAGCCAUUGAUUCUGGAUUCAGCCACGGCAUCUUCCAUGGAUACUGCCAUCCAGGAGGAUGAUUCAGAGACAGUCGCCAUGAUCAAAGAACUCUUAGAAACACGUAUCCGUCCUGCUGUACAAGACGAUGGUGGAGACAUUGAAUACGUGGGAUUCAAUGUGGACUCUGGAAUAGUCAAAUUAAGAAUGCAAGGAGCCUGCAGCGGAUGCCCAAGCUCAUCCGUCACCCUGAAAUCGGGCAUAGAGAACAUGCUAAUGCAUUAUGUGCCUGAGGUCAAAGGCGUCGAGCAAGAACUCGAUGAAGAUGAAGAUGAAGCAGCACUAACUGGUGCACCUCACGAAUAAUUAAGCUAAUGCACCAUGAUCUCACUCAUAUGUUCUGGAUCUUUUCGCAGCCUUUUCUUCAACUGCAUUGUAAUCAUGAUUUGGUAAUUAAUUAGCUCUAGCAAGUUAAGUAGGGUGUGCUUUUUUUUUUUUGACCGGAAGUAGGGUGUGUUUUGUUUAUGUUUUGGAGUGUCUUAUAUGUUUUUUUUGCAUCUGAAAAAUUUCCAGGAAAAAUAAAGGUUUCUGCCGUGCAGAGCAUAUGUAUUUUCCGGUGGAUAUGAUGUUGAAGGAAAAAGUAAAUGUUUGGUAUUC